AGCGCACAAGAAGAGCGAGAAUCUUUGCUUUGUAAACAGGAAGAGCUAACUUCAGAAUUGAAAAGCUUACGGGCAUCUGCUGAAACAAAUGCAAAUGAAUUAGAACGCUUGGUAAAACAUGUUCACCACCUUGAGUUAAUUGUUGACUCAGAUAAUUUAGAAAGAAAGCAGUUGAGUUCAGAAUUGACUGAAGUUAAACAAGAAAGUGCAAAUAAAAGUCUCGAAAUCAAUCGACUUGUAACUUUAUUAGAAAAUGCUCGUGCCAAAGUUGAAGAAUUAAAAGUUUCAAAACAGCUUGAAACAACAAGUGAAGCCGAUGAACUUCUUAAUACUGUAAGACGAGAAAAAGACACUCUCGAAACACAAGCUGCUGUCUUACAAGAACAAUUGGCUCGUUCACAUUGUGAUUAUGACAGAUUAAGAGAUCAAUAUUCACAAUUACAAGAAGAAUUCAAAGUUACCCGUAACAACGCUAAAUCAUCCAUAGACGAUUUAGAAUAUCGCUUGAGCCAAUUAAAUGAUGAGCGAAUAUCAGCCAAUACGGAAUUACAACUAGUUCGAGACUCAUUAUCUGAGUUGCAAAAUCAAUGUCAACGACAUUUAGAAGAUAAACGAGAGCUUAAAGUUUUAUUGAGUGAAGCUCAACGACGAGAACGCGAUGCACAACAUCACUAUUAUGAUUUAGAACAAGCACUUAAUAAUGAACGAAAAUUACGACAAGAAAAAAAUGCUGAGUGGGAACAAUUUCAAAAUGAUUUAUUAAUGACGGUUCGUGUCGCAAAUGAUUUUAAAACAGAAGCGCAAUCUGAACUUGAACGUGUUCUUAUGGAAAACAGAACACUACGGGAAAAAUUGAGAUUACUUGAAUCUCAACUAGAAAAACUUAGUAAUGUAAAUCAGAAAAAUGUUUCACUGGCGUUACGACAAACUUUGCCCCCUACCGAAACUCAACAAAAUGUAUUGACUGAGGUUAAACAAGAAGUAGUAGCUCGUCGGAAAUCUAAUCUCUCACGGCAAGAUUCUAGACUAUCUGUAAAAUGUUUGAUUGAAAGUAUUGAAAACGCUACUAAGCAAGCAAAAGCUGGACCAGGCAGUCAAAGUAGUUCUACAUCUUCUUUAAAUUCUAUUGGAGCUAAUGAUUUAUUGAACCUAAAAUCUUCAUUACGUGAUCAGCAACAAAUUAGUAACAUUAUCAGUGCUACAAAUUCACCGAAUUUAAUUAAAAUUCAUAAUUUUGAUAAUAAGAAAUUAACAUUUUCAGAACCAUCAAAAUCUACACUUAUAAAUUUAAAUUCAAAAGAACUGUUGGAUUCUGCAACAUUAAAUGUAAAUACUAUUGAUUUUGUCCGACGAAACAGUAUAACAGAUCUUACUGGUAAAGAUCCUUUAUGUGGAUUGGUUAAAAAUGGUGGUUCUAAGAGAAAUGCAUUACUUAAAUGGUGUCAAAAUAAAACAAUAGGUUAUCGAAACAUCGAUAUUACGAAUUUCAGUAGUUCCUGGAAUGAUGGUCUUGCACUUUGUGCUAUUCUUCAUUCAUAUCUACCCGACAAAAUACCUUAUGAUUCUUUAAAUCCAUCUGAUAAGAAGAAAAAUUUUUAUUUAGCAUUUUCAGCAGCUGAAAGCGUAGGAAUCCCAACGACAUUAGUAAGUAAAAGUUAUUUUCAUUCACAAUUAAUAGUUAAUAUAUAUUCAACUCAACAUUUUUUAUACUUUUAG